GCAGGAAAACCCAUAUCUCUGUAGUGAUGAGUGCGAUGCAUCCAGUCCUGACCUGUCUCACCCACCACAGCUGAUGGGAGACAGGGAAAGAGGUGGGCUCAUCACUUACUGGCAGACAAUCACAUGGUCCAGAUACCCUGAUCCACUUUUGGCCAACGUCACACUGUCAUGGAACAAGAGUUUUGAGCUGACUGAUGACAUCACUGUGACAUUCAAGUAUGGCCGUCCAACUAGCAUGGUUCUGGAGAAAUCCCUGGACAAAGGCCUGACGUGGCAGCCAUAUCAAUACUAUGCUGACGACUGCAUGGAAGCAUUUGGCAUGACACCGAAAAGCAUCUUGGACCUUGCACCAAGCAACCUGACACGGGUUAUCUGCACAGAGGAGUACUCCCGUUGGGUUGGGGUCAAGGUAUAGAGCUUGAUUCAGUGCUAGUCAUACUGGUCAUCCUGACAAAUCUCUUGGUACAGGUACUAACACCUGUAA